AUGGGCUCCUGCUGCAGUAAGAAGAAAAAGAAUGAGAAUGAUGGAGGCGAGAUUCGGGAUGAUGAUUUGAGGGGAAUCUUUCGGGAAUUCGAUCUGAAUGGAGACGAUUUCAUCCAAAAGGAAGAACUCCGAGCGGUGAUGCAAAAAAUGGGACAAGCGCCAACGGAAGAAGAGUUAGAGGCGAUGUUUAGUGCAGCGGAUAAAGAUGGAGAUGGCAAUAUCUCAUUUGAGGAGUUUCUAUCGAUAGCUCAUGCCAAUCCAUUGUCCCUGUCGCUGAAGGCAGUUUUCGAGGAAUUGGAUGUGGAUGGAGAUGGAUUUAUCACAAGAUCCGAACUGAGGACAGCUUUCCAACGAAUGGGACACGUGCUUUCCGAUCAUGACAUCAAAAAUAUCUAUAAACAUGUCGAUCAGAAUAAUGAUGGAAAGAUUAAUUUCAAAGAAUUCUGUGAGAUGAUGACGAGAAAGAAA